GCUCAGCGACUCGAACUCACAUGAAACUGUAGGCUAUGUGAAAGAGAGAGGGAGAGUGAGAGAGAGCACGGACUAGAAAAGAGGUAGAGAGACGAAUUACAGCCAUCUGAAGAUUUUUGCGCCCUAGUCUGCAGCAUCCGAGCUGCACAGGAGUUUUAUUUCAAAUACCCACCAUUCGCCUGCCUUGUGACCAGAAAUUGAUUUUACUGAAUUAAGGUUGUUAGAGUUUAAGAAGGUUUUCUUUUGGGUGAGAGGUAUUUGGACUUUUUCCCUUUUUGAGACUAAACUAUUUUCCCUCUAAGAAUGUUGCUACAACUCUGAGCAGAUUUCCCACGUGGUUGCUUUGGUUUGACAUUAAUGUGUCAGACUUUUUCAAAAUUACGAACGGAUUAUUGAAAUUGACAAACAUGGUAUUUGAAAUGCUUUAUCAAUAUUCACCCCAGACGAUUUUUUCCCUGCACUCAAUUCACUAAACAUUUCAGUUACCUUUAUUAGUGGAUUCUGCGCUAAACUUGCUUAGGAUCACUGGCAGCGCAAAAAAAGUUUAUUGUAGACUACCUUUAAGUACAUCAAACCUUUCUUGUGGUUGCAUCCGCGUUCAAAUUCAAAACUGAGCCCAAUAUUGCUGAAUUCAUACAACUUACCAGACAGUCACUGAGGUUAGUCCGUUCCCUAAGAAGAUAACUUUGAUCAGUAUCCCUCCGUGUUUCGGCAUCAUGCUCUUCGAAAGUUUUGACCUACUCUCGGCGCUGGCGACCCUGGCUGCGUGUUUGGUGUCCAUGGCGCUUCUACUGGCGGUGUCCCAGCAGCUGUGGCAGCUACGAUGGACCGCCACCCGAGACAAGAACUGCAAGCUGCCCAUGCCCAAGGGUUCCAUGGGAUUUCCCAUCAUCGGAGAGACCUGCCACUGGCUUUUCCAGGGUGCUGGGUUCCAUGCCUCCAGGCGGCAGAAGUACGGUAACGUGUUCAAGACCCAUCUGCUGGGCCGGCCGCUGAUCCGUGUGACGGGGGCGGACAACGUGCGCAAGGUGCUGAUGGGGGAGCACAGUCUGGUCAGUGUGGACUGGCCCCAGAGCACCAGUACCCUGCUGGGGCCCAACAGCCUGGCCAACUCCAUCGGGGACAUCCACCGCAAGAGAAGAAAGGUGUUUGCCAAGGUAUUCAGCCACGAAGCCCUGGAAAGUUACCUGCCCAAGAUCCAGCAGGUCAUCCAAGAGACCUUGCGGGUGUGGAGCUCCAACCCCGAACCCAUCAACGUGUACCGCGAGUCCCAGCGGCUCUCCUUCCACAUGGCCGUGCGGGUGCUUCUGGGCUUCCGCAUCUCAGACGAGGAGAUGUGCCACUUCUUCAACACGUUCCAGGAGUUUGUGGACAACCUGUUCAGCCUGCCCAUUGACCUGCCUUUCAGCGGAUACCGGAAGGGUAUCCGUGCCCGCGACAAGCUGCAGAAGAUGAUCGAGAAGGCUAUCCGGGAGAAACCUCUGUGCACGCAAGGGAAAGACUACGCCGACGCUCUGGACGUCCUGAUGGAGAGCGCCAAGGAGAAUGGAGCUGAGCUCACCAUGCAGGAGCUAAAGGAGUCCACGGUGGAGCUGAUCUUCGCCUCGUUCGCCACCACGGCCAGCGCCAGCACGUCGCUCAUCAUGCAGCUGCUGCGGCACCCGGCCGUGCUGGAGAAGCUGCGCGAGGAGCUGCGCGUCCGCGGCAUCCUGCACAACGGCUGCCUAUGCGAGGGCGAGCUGCGACUGGACACCAUCUGCAGCCUCAAGUACCUCGACUGCGUCAUCAAGGAGGUGCUGCGCCUCUUCACGCCAGUCUCCGGCGGCUACCGCGUGGCCAUGCAGACCUUCGAGCUGGACGGUGUCCAGAUCCCUAAAGGCUGGAGCGUGAUGUACAGCAUCCGUGACACCCACGACACCUCGGCCGUCUUCAAGGAGGUCAACGCCUUCGACCCUGACCGCUUCAGCGAGGAACGCGGCGAGGACAAGGAGGGCCGCUUCCACUACCUGCCCUUCGGUGGUGGCGUACGCUCCUGCCUGGGCAAGCAGCUGGCCACCCUUUUCCUGCGCAUCCUGGCCAUCGAGCUGGCCAGCACCAGCCGCUUCGAGCUGGCCACGCGGACGUUCCCCCGCAUGGUCUCCGUGCCCGUCGUGCACCCCACCGACGGACUCAAGGUCAAGUUCUUCGGCCUGGACUCCAACCAGAACGAGAUCAUGGCCAAGUCGGACGAGCUUCUGGGCGCCACUGUCUGAGGGGAGGAAGAGACAGGAAGUCGAGUGGGUGGGGAUUAAAAAGGUGGAGGCUCUAUAAAAUACAUGUACUGAAGAGGAUGUGGGGGCAGAGCAAAAGAUUUCCACUCUUGCCGUGGAGCUUGUUAUUUUGCAGUUUUCUUACUCCUCCGAACUGACAGACCUUGUGAAAAGAGUGAAACAUUCUCUUUUAGCUUUGUCAGUGUCCUUUUCAGACUUCAGCCUGCCAAAAAUGUAUAGUCCUUGUUGUUUUUCAUACAAACACUUAACGACUUAAAAUCUCAAAAAGGACAAAUAUGUUUAACAGAGGAAAAGAAAUGUAACGUUAACUUUGGAGAGAAACUCAUGUUCAAAUAAGUUAUGCACAAAUAAGUGUCUGUCUGUGUGAUGAGGGAUUUGGAGAUGAAAUGACAGUGAAUGGAAGAAUUGGAUGAGCUUAAUCCAGGAAAGUUGAUAAAACAGGGUAAAGAGUGGCUCACUUUUAAUGGUAGGACAUGAUUAGCCAAUGUUAAAGCUAUAGCUAUGCUGCGGGAAAGUGCCAGGUUUUUGAUGUCUCUGGAGGUGAAGGUGCGGCCUCACAUGUAAGACUGUGGAGAGCUUGCCUCAGCAGUAAAAGAGGGGAGACUCAAAUUCACUUACUAAAAUGUAGACGUAGUUUAGAGGGUUAUGAAUCAGAGAGAGGGCUAGACGUGCAUGCUCGGGAUUUUACUUUUCAGGGUUUGUCUUUAGUUGCAUAUUGGAUGUGUCAAACUCUAUGUGUGUGUGUGUGUGUGUGAUCUCAUAUGUCUAUGUGUGCGUGUGUGUGUGCGUGUGUGUGUGUGUGUGUGUGUGAUCUCAUAUGUCUAUGUGUGUGUGAGAGAGAGUGUGUGUAUACAGUAUGUGGUACCCUUUUUUUUCGGGGGAGGGGAUGCUGUUCUAGCAGAGGCGUUAGGGAAUGUAAGGGCUGCAUUGUAAGCUAGUAGUAUGAAUGAAUGAAGUGUAUGCAAACUCAGGUGUGUUUGGAGUCCAGAAUGCCUUUUAGACUAUUACUUGUCUCACUUUGUAUCUGUCCUGCACAUAAGACUAGUUAUAUUCUUUAGCUUCUACUUUGGGAGAAAACCCCUCAACCUGUGCUUUAUUGCAGUGACGUGAUUGAGGGUGUCUCUGUAAGACAAAACAAUUCUUUAUGAGCCUCAAAACAUGUAUCACCCAGCGAGAUGAAUAUCCCUGGUGUAAUUCCAAAUGGCCUAAAUCAGAGAUUCAUGAAUGCAAAGGGAGAGGGGUGAUAACUAGCUACGGAACUGAAGAACUAAAGGACCCUUGUUCUUGCUGCUUGAGAGUCAUAUAUUUUUCUUUCGGAGCAGAGUGCCAAUGACCUCUCACAAGAACGUGACAUUUAAGUUUUUUGCUGCUCCACUCUUCAACACUAAAAUGCAAAGUCAAAGUUGACAUCGCUUACCAGAUGGAGUUUAGAACACACCUCAAAGGUUCUCAAAAAUUCACCUAAACUAAAGAGAUCUUUUGAAGGAAGGUUUCAUCAUGGGACUGCUGGUGGCAUCCUAAGCUUGAUAUCUGAUUGAUACCCAGCAGAAGCUGAUGAGUAAACUGAGGCGGGGGUGGGUAUAAGGACCCUUGUUGAUUUCUGGGAUGAAGACCCUGUAUGGAGGACUCUUCUCUGUGUCCUCCACAGAUCACGCGAAGAACAUUUAAUCUGUGACCAACCAUGCCACUGAUUUUUAUUUUGUAAUGAAUGGAAUUUAAAAAAAAAAAAAAAGUUAUUAAGUCUGCUGCUUCUUGUGUACAAUUUUUUCUAACUGAGAGAUCUAGAAUGUGAGGGUGAUUUGUGAGUAAUGGGCAAAUAUCCACAUUUGUGUGAGGAAGGAGGGACAGGAAAAUUACUCAGUUAGAAAGCCAUGGGUAACGCCUAUCUGAAAUGUCUAAUAUCCUAACAUUAUUCACAUUAAUUUUAUUAUUGUAAUAAAUAUUAUUUUAAGUGCUAUUUUUGUUAUAUUCCAGAAUAGAGUUUUAGUAUAAAUAAAAUUGGUUGGUAAAUAUUGUUAUAUUUAGUAUGAUAUGAAUUUCAGCUAUAUUGUAAACAGUGUUUAAAUGUUAAUAUUGUUUUAUGUUAUUGUAAUAAUUAUUAUUUUAUUAUUAUUAUUAUCAUUGCAUUCAGUUAAUAUUAAUAAAAACAGAAGCACUUGCGAGGUAUGUUUAUAUUGAGUGCCAUGCAAAUACAUGUUCUAUACUUUAUUGAAUGCUGUUUUUGCCUGUACAUAAUAUUGUAUUUCGUCUGUGUUUCACUUAGUUUAUGAAUGUUUUUUUCAUCCUCUUUUUUUUACCGUGAUUCUUAAAUGUACUUGCCAAUUUUAUAAACUCCUAUAAUAAACUGUUAUGUGAAAAAGCA